UCUUUUUCUGACGGCGUUGUUCUUGUUCCUCUGUUUCUUUUCCACGCUUUGUUUGUUUUCUUGUUCUUGAAUUUGCAAAUUGCAAUGGCACCUUCACAACCACGAUCCAAACGAAACACCACCACGAUCACGAUGGAGAAGAAGAAAACGCAAGCAGACAAACGACGCAAUCAAUUGUCGUUCUCCAAGCGGAGGAACGGCCUCUUCAACAAGCUCACCGAGCUCUCCAUUCUCUGCCAAUCGGAAACCGCAUUGAUCGUCACCUCAAAGAACAACGACGGCGGCGGCGGUGAGAUCUUCGCGUGCGGUUACCCCUCGCCGGACGCUGUUAUACGGCGGUUUCUCACUGGAGGGAAGGCGCCGCUCCCCGCCCAGCGGUGGCGGGAGGAGAAGGUGGAAGCACAUAGGUCUGAGUAUGAGGGUAUGCAGGAACGGUUGAAAGAAGAGCAGAGGAAGCUGCAAGCGAUUAUUGAGGAGAAAGAGAAUAAGGGUUUUGUGUUUCCUUCUUGGUGGGAAACCCCCAUUGACGACAUGGGUUUGGAUAGUGUUGAACAGUUGAAGAAUUCUAUGGAGAUUUUGAAGCUUAACCUGAUUGCGCGCCAAAGGUACUGUGAGAUGAUUCCGCUGGUGGCUCCUCCUCCUCCUCCGCCUCAGGCGAUGGCUGCUCUGCCCCCGCAGCCGCCAUUGACGAACUCGCCGCCGGUACUGGAUGCUAGAUUCGGUGUUUGGGUUCCAUGCGGCCACAGAGUUUCUAAAUUCACUCCGGUCAUAGAAUCUAAUUAACUUUGGAAGUAACAGUACUACACUCUCAUGAUUCCUCCUAUAUAAUGUGAUGUGAAAAGAAGAAUCAAGAUGAGAUGAUGGCUAUAUUAAUUGGUUAGGUGUUUAAAUCUUAGGAUUGAUAUUAUUUUUAGCAUAACAUGACUUUCUAUAAGCUUGUGCUUCUGGUAGAUUAUAAAUUGUGCUUCAUUGGUACAUUUUUCUGUGGAAUAAUUGCUACAUGUG